UUUGGUCAAAUAGGUGGCAUUUAGUAUGGGAAAGGGAAGUUGUUUCCCACCAUGGGAAAGCUAUUUUAUACCACUUGAUUAACUUGGAACACUGAUUUAAUCAUAGACUACCCACACCAUAUCUUGUUUACUUUGUCUUCAACCUCAUGGGAUUGAAAUUAACCCAGUCCAUCAUUUUCUUUACUGCUCAGAACAACACAAAUUCAUACUAAUUUUUUUCCUCUCCCAAUUGUUUCAAAAAAGACUUAUUCAAACUAAUUAUUUAUUUAUUUAUCAACAACUAAUUUAAAAAAAAAAAAACAAACAUCAAAAUCAAAAUUACUCAGAAGCAGAUCUGGGUAUAAAAAAUAAGUAGUUUGAAUAUGUGAUGAUGAAAGAAAAGUCGAACCAGAUUUAAUUUUUGUAUGUGUGAUGAUGCCGAAUUUACAUAUAGAAAUAAUAAUAAUAAAAAUAUUGGUUUCUUGAUUACAUAUAACUCGAGGAGACGUGUUUUCCAUAUUUGUGGAGAUUUAUUGGAGUUUGAUUCAUCUAUGAUUUAUUAUUGGAGUUUGAUUCAUCUAUAUUAUUGGUACAAAUGCUUAUAAGUUUGCUGAUGGUGACAUCAUAGUCCCUCCUUGUUUCCAAAACUCGACUCAGUUUGUCCAAAUUUGAGUAGUAAGUUUGUGUUCUUUCGAUUGAAAAGUAAGACCGAGAUGGAAGAUGAAAAGAGUGGUGGUGGAAUGGAGAAGAGAGAAUGCUAGAUGGAUUACACAGUGUAGACAGACUAUCUUAAAAUUUGUAUUCCGCUUUAAUCUAACCGUCCAAAAAAACUUUUUCAACGGUGGAAAACAACUUUGCUUUCCCAUACUAAACCUCACUCUUGUGGAAAAUGUAACAUGUGGAAAAUUUUAUUCGGACACUGCAUGAAAAAUCUCGGGGUUCCUUUUUUCCCUCCUAACAAAUAUAAAAACAUGAUUGCAUAAAAGAGUCUACGCCCAUUCAUUGUAUCACAAACUCAAUGAAACUUAACAUUGGAACAAGAUCAACACUUGAACAAUCAAAAAAUGUCUUCAACCAAAACAAAAAAAUUAUCUAUUUAGGAAAACAAGGAAAAAUUGAUGAAGCCAAAAGAGUAUUCUCAAACGUGAUACACAAAAACCAUGCAACAUACAAUUCCAUGGUAACUGUGUUUGCGAAAAAUGGUCGAGUUAGUGAUGCACGCCAACUGUUUGAUAAAAUGUCUCAAAGAAAUCUUGUUUCCUGGAACACCAUGAUUGCUGGAUAUCUUCAUAAUAACAUGGUUGAAGAAGCCCAUAAGUUGUUUGAUUUAAUGGCGGAACGAGAUAAUUUUUCGUGGGCUUUGAUGAUAACUUGUUACACGCGUAAAGGGAUGCUUGAAAAAGCUAGAGAGUUGUUCGAGUUGGUUCCUGACAAAUUGGAUACUGCUUGUUGGAAUGCGAUGAUUGCGGGGUAUGCGAAAAAGGGUCGGUUUGAUGAUGCUGAGAAAGUAUUUGAAAAGAUGCCGGUGAAGGAUUUGGUUUCUUAUAAUUCUAUGUUGGCGGGUUAUACACAGAAUGGGAAAAUGGGUUUGGCUAUGAAGUUUUUUGAGAGGAUGGCUGAGAGGAAUGUGGUUUCGUGGAAUUUGAUGGUGGCUGGGUUUGUUAAUAAUUGUGAUUUGGGUUCUGCUUGGGAGUUGUUUGAGAAGAUUCCAGAUCCUAAUGCUGUUUCUUGGGUUACAAUGUUGUGCGGGUUUGCUAGACAUGGAAAGAUUGUAGAGGCUAGGAAACUCUUUGACAGGAUGCCGUGUAAGAAUGUGGUUUCUUGGAAUGCGAUGAUUGCAGCCUAUGUCCAAGACUUACAAAUUGAUGAAGCUGUUAAGCUGUUUAAAGAAACGCCGUAUAAAGAUUGUGUAUCGUGGACUACAAUGAUCAAUGGGUAUGUUCGGGUUGGUAAGCUUGAUGAAGCACGGGAAGUUUACAAUCAGAUGCCUUACAAAGACGUGGCAGCAAAAACAGCUUUGAUGUCGGGAUUAAUACAGAAUGGAAGGAUUGAUGAGGCUAGUCAAGUUUUCAGUCAACUCAAUAAACGUGAUGCUAUUUGUUGGAACAGCAUGAUUGCAGGCUAUUGUCAGAGUGGAAGAAUGAGUGAAGCUCUCAAUCUAUUUAGACAAAUGCCUGUAAAGAAUGCUGUUUCGUGGAAUACUAUGAUUUCUGGAUAUGCUCAGGCAGGAGAGAUGGAUAGAGCAACAGAGAUAUUUGAGGCCAUGGGGGUGAGGAAUGUUAUUUCCUGGAAUUCUCUUAUUACAGGUUUUCUUCAAAAUGGUUUAUACUUGGAUGCUCUUAAGAGUUUGGUAUUGAUGGGGCAGGAAGGAAAGAAGCCGGAUCAAUCAACUUUUGCAUGUUCCUUAAGUUCAUGUGCUAAUCUUGCUGCUUUGCAAGUAGGCAAGCAGCUCCAUGAGUUGAUCCUGAAAAGUGGUUAUAUAAAUGAUUUAUUUGUUAGCAAUGCUCUGAUUGCCAUGUAUGCAAAAUGCGGAGGAGUACAAAGUGCUGAAAAAGUGUUUAAAGAUAUUGAAGGUGUUGAUCUUAUUUCUUGGAAUUCCUUGAUUUCGGGCUAUGCUUUGAAUGGAUAUGCAAAUGAGGCAUUUUGGGCCUUUGAACAAAUGUCAUCAGAGGGGACGGUUCCUGACGAGGUUACCUUUAUUGGGAUGUUGUCAGCUUGCAGUCAUGCCGGUUUAACCAAUCAGGGUGUGGAUUUAUUUAAAUGCAUGAUUGAAGGUUUUGCUAUUGAACCCUUGGCUGAACACUACAGCUGCCUAGUUGACUUGCUUGGCCGCAUGGGUAGGUUAGAGGAAGCGUUCAACAUAGUUAGGGGGAUGAAAGUGAAAGCAAAUGCUGGAUUAUGGGGUUCGCUGCUUGCGGCUUGUCGUGUACAUAAGAACAUGGAACUUGGUAAAAUUGCUGCCUUGAGGCUUUUAGAACUUGAACCACAUAAUGCCUCUAAUUAUAUUACUUUGUCAAACAUGCAUGCUGAGGCUGGAAGGUGGGAGGAUGUUGAGAGAUUAAGGGUGCUAAUGAGGGAGAGAAGAGCUGGAAAGCUACCUGGCUGCAGUUGGAUUGAAGUACAAAAUCAGAUACAAAAUUUUGUCUCAGACGAUCCAGGGAAGCUGAGAACCGAAAGUAUUAAGAUUAUACUGAAUACUUUAUCUGCACACAUGAGAGACAAGUGUAACAUAUCCGACAUGAAAUCAGUUUUCUGACAUAUUAUGAUUGGAGGCACUCUUAGUCUGGUCUCAUCAUCUUAGCUUUAAAGUAACAUUGAAAAGGUUAAUUCAAAUACCUUUAAAUGUUAGCAUAGUGUGACAGUUGACGAGCACAUAUCAAUGACGACUUCAUUGAUUCACAUGUGUGCACCCUAAUUAUACAUAUACCAAUUACCAACUCUCUUGAAAUGGUGAUCUUUCUAAAUUGACUUCAUUGAUUUUUGAUAGAAGAAAUACAAAUGACCUCUUCUCUCACUGGUGUCCAAUGAAAGUUUAACAUGCAGAUCUUCAGCAGUGCUUUGCAUUCAAGCUGUGCAAGAGAAUAUUGAACCAAAGAGUCUAGGGGACAUUACUUUAGAAGCCCCUUGUAGGGUUCGAUUUGGUGUAAUCUCCUUGUUUGGUGAAUUUUACAUUGCACUAAUAAUGUUGGUCCUUUGAUGUGGUUGCUGCAGUAUUAUGUCUCCUCUUGUAGAGCAUGUUGCUCAGUUGACUAGUUCCCAAAGGCUACUUUCUUAACCGCCCUUCUCAACUUCAAAUGGGCUUCACUAUGGACUCUACGAUGAUGCCUUUAAGGCUGCCUGUUGGCAUUGUCUUUAAGAUCUAAUUGCAACUUCUCAAAGGUUCCGUUUACGUCAUCGCUCUCCAGAAUUGUUCGACGAAAGCACAAAGGUGGAAGCUUAGGUGCAAAAGAGACAGCCUCUCUCACAGUCUUGUUGUGCAUGGUUCAAGUUCAAGCAAAAACAACCAGGCCCAAAAACAUUGUAAGACUGGAGUGAUGGAGACUCAUGAUGAGCUGUGAUAUGGUUGAGUUGAGUGGUUUUAUGUCUUUUGAGAUAAACCCUGUAGUGAAACUGCUUCUGGUAUGGUAUUAUGCAGGUUGUUGGAACCGUCUUCACACACCACCAAAAAUGUGUUAUUGUGGACGCACAAGCUGCUGGUAAUAACAGAAGGGUAGCUACUUUUAUAGGAGGUCUUGAUCUCUGUGAUGGUUACUAUGACACACCUGAGCAUCGGCUUUUUCGUGAUGUUGAUACUGUAUUUGCCGGUGAUUUCCACAAUCCUACAUUUCCUGUAAGCUGUCUUCCCAAUUGGACAUAUUAACAGUGCACUUUUAUUUUAUUUUAUUGGGAUUCUAUACAUUCAUGUAUAAACUCUUUCAAUAGAAUGUUUUCUGGUUACGUUAUUCAUUAUAUCUUGUAAAAUUUGUUUCCAUUUUGUAGAUUUUACGAGAUACGCCUUGUAGACUUUGAUUAUGAUUUGUCCACCAAAUAUGUACUAGCUUUUGAAUAAAAUCUAUAUUAUGUGUUAUCAUUGAUAAUUUCUUAGUGAACCCUAGUUACAAGGUUGAA